UAGCAGAUGAGCGUCGUCCCUGCCCGCCCUUUUUACAUGGCAGACGACGGAGAGUGGUGUGGGUGGAGGUGGCAGAUCAAAAUUGUUCCAUUUCCAUCCUCUGUCAUGCACCAAUGUGACCGAGCAGAAAAUUCUCUCCACCUGCAGAAUCUUCCCCCGCACUUCUCAUGAUUGGUGUUCUGAGAGUUGCGGGCUUCAUCUUCAACCUGUUUUAACCGUGCAAGGGGCGAAGUGAACAGACGUUUUAAUGAACCACUACACGCUAGCUGACGCCAUGACCGAUAACUUGUGGAUUUUAUAAUUCUCCCCAGUGGAAGAGCGCCACAUCUUGUAAGGAGCCACAGGUUCCCUGCUUGGCGGCAGCAAGCAAGAUGUAAGCGUAGUAGUUUCAGAGCUCAGAAAGAGAUGUUGGAUGGCUUUGAGUCAAGCUGUUGGAUGGAAAAAAAAAAAUAAAUAAAUCCAACCGACAAUAUCACGACAAGGAUGAGCGUGUGGUCCUGACAUUUUCAUUACGAGGAAACUUCACAGUUCCAAAGUUGUCGGAGUCCAACAUGGGGUUUGGCAUGCUGGGCGUGUUCCUGGGACUGCUCCUGGAGGUGUCCACCCAUGGACCCCAUGCUGUGCCUCGAACUUCCUGGAGACACCAAGAUUUGGAGCUGUUGGAGUUCUCAGAGCCGGGCAUCUUCAACUACUCCACGCUACUGCUUAGCGACGAACGGGACGUGCUCUAUGUGGGAGCCCGGGAGGCCAUCUUUGAGCUGAGCAAGAAGAAUGUGACUGUCCGAAACAACAAGGUUCUGUGGCAAGUUGGCGAGACCCCCAUAGACAUGUGCACGCUCAAAGGAAAAUCAAAGGAGACCGACUGUCUGAACUACAUUCGAGUGCUGCAGGUGGUCGACGACCAGCGGCUCUACGUCUGUGGGACACAUGCCUUUCAACCGCAGUGUGAUUAUUUGACUUUGGCUGACUUUUCGUUAGAGGGUCGAGCAGAAGAUGGCAGAGGGAAGUGCUCCUUCGAUCCCUCGCAAAGCUUCACCACUGUCAUGGUUGAUGGAGAGCUGUACUCUGGGACUGCUUAUAACUUCUUGGGUAGUGAGCCCAUUAUUUCUAGAUACUCUCCAUCUUCGUACCUGCUGAGGACAGAGUAUUCCACAUCAUGGCUCAAUGAGCCCAGUUUUGUUUUCGCCGACGUGAUCAGGGAAGGGGAGAACGCUGUAGAUGGCGAGGACGACAAAAUCUACUACUUCUUCACAGAGGUAUCCGUGGAGUACGAGUUCUUCGGCAAUCUACUCAUUCCAAGGGUGGCACGUGUUUGUAAGGGCGACCAGGGAGGACAGAGGACGCUGCAGAAGAAGUGGACGUCCUUCCUGAAAGCCAAGCUGGUGUGCUCCAUGCCCGAACUCAACUUUGUCUUCAACGUGGUGCACGACGUCUUCAUCCUGAAGGGCACGCGCUUGAAGGACACGGUCAUCUAUGGGGCCUUCACCUCCCAGUGGGGAAACGUUGGUCUGUCGGCAGUGUGUGCUUACAACAUGUCUGCUGUGGAUGAGGUCUUCUCCAAGGGCAAGUACAUGCAGAAGGCCACCGUGGAGCAGUCCCACACUAAGUGGGUCCGCUACAAUGGUGUUAGUCCCUCGCCACGCCCUGGAGCAUGUAUCAACAGCCGCAUGCGGCAACAGAACAUCAGCAGCUCGCUGCACCUCCCCGACAAGACGCUGCAGUUCGUCAAGGACCACCCCCUGUUGGAGGACCCCGUCCUGCCCAUCGGGAACAGGCCCCGCCUCAUCACCAAGGAUAUCAACUACACACAGGUGGUCGUGGAGCGGGUCCGCGCCCUUGACGGGAGCAUCCACGAUGUAAUUUUCACUGGAACGGAUAAGGGGGUCCUGCAUAAGUCGGUGGUCCUCACAGGAGAGGUCCACAUGGUUGAGGAAAUCCAGCUCCUGAAGAACUCCGAGCCCAUUAAGAACUUGGUGCUGUCCUCCAAGACGCGAUCCCUGUACGCCGGUUCGGACUCGGGUGUGGUUCAGUCGCCCACGGCCUUCUGUGGCAGCUACCAGUCCUGUGAUGACUGCAUACUUGCCCGAGACCCAUACUGUGCCUGGGACCCUCACACUGCUCGCUGCGUCAAGAUCUCCGACACGGCCAGUCAGCAGCUCUGGAAGCUAAUUCAGAGCCUAAGUGGCGAUGCAGACAAAUGUCCUACAGCCCCCAUUGUGCCCCUGAAGGACUACAAGCGUGUUUCGGUGAAGCCCGGGAGCUCCGCCGAGCUCCCGUGCCUGGUGCGCUCCAACACGGCGCAGGUGAUGUGGAGAUGCAAUGGCUCGCUCCUCACCGAGGCCUCGCACUUUCACUUCAUCCGAGAGAACGGCCUGCUCAUCUACAGUGUGGCCGCCGAGGACCAGGGCCACUACGAGUGCUGGUCCGUGGAGUUCGCCAGCGGGAAGAACUUCACUCGCCUCCUGGCGGGAUUCGUCUUGACUCUGGACGUCCCGCAUGCCGCCACCACCCUCCAGAGCCGGGAGAUCACGCACAGCAUGGAAGGUAAAGUUGAGGCAGACGGAGCGCUAACAUCAGCCCUCGCCCCGCCCAAUUUCACCGCCGCCGUGCAGCUCACAUCCUCGCCACGCUCGUCACUAACCCCAAGCGGCAUCACCGAGCAGCCGCCCGAGCACCCCGUGCCCCCAGAGAGCGCCACCCCAGAGGCGGAGUACUUGCAGCGCAGCAACGGCACAGCCCUCCUCUUUUUCUUCCUGCUCUUCUUCCUGCUCUUCCUGGCCGCCGUGGCGUACAACUGCUACAUGCAGUAUCUCCCGGCCCCGUGCCUGCGUCUGCGGGCGGCCCUGUUGGGCACACACAAGAUGAGCGACGCCGCCCGGCCCGAGUACAGCGCAUGCGAAGCGGGCCUCAUUGAGGCGUCGGCCGUGUCGGACCAAGUUGCCGCAACGGUGCAGCCUGUGCAGAACAGCAGUCAGAACCUGCGCGCGCUGCGCGAUACCGGCUACGAGACAGAACCAGAGUGCGGCAACGGGCGCGUGCCCUCGCAUGUCUUUGCUGACGAAAGCCGGUGUCCACAGAAGCCCUUCGACAUAGACUGCGACUCCCAGUCCAUCCAGUUCGCUGAUGCCGACGAGCCUUAUUGCUAGAGACAAAAUGGAAGGCGGCACUCUUUCUGCACAAGUUGUCUUUUCGCUUUUUAUGUUCAGGAAGCUGCUGUGCCCUCUUAAGCGGGGUAUACAUGAGGGUUGCAAAGGGGUGGAACAUUUCUAGGAGUUUCCAUCGGAAUUUAAGAUGGGGAAUUUGGGAAAUAUUCCAAAAUGCAAACUUUCCACAGAAAUGGAUGGGAAUUAACUAGGAAUUGAGGAUUAUUUAAUGGAUAAGGUAACAUAUACAAGCAUUAAUAAAACAAUAUAUGCCAUAAGCAGUCCAUCCAAGCAAAAUACAUACUGUAGCUCUCCUUGCCCACAUGCGAUUGCAUUACAGUACUUUAGCUGCUCAAUUUUUUCAUCUCACUCACAAAGUGGCAUAUCUGAAAUUGCCUCAUAACUCGGAAUUUGGCUCACAACACAAAGUGAAAAAAAUAAAUAAAGACCAAGCAAUGUUUCAUGAAUGGAAACCUCAAGUUCAAGGUACACUGGUCAUUUUAGUCACGAUUAUGCUAAAUAUAUUUUCUGUUUCUAUAUAUAAACUAUUCAAGUGACCCAUUAAGAGCCAACCUUCACUUUUGUAAAUUCAUGGUUUAUUCCCAUUAAUUCCCAUGGAAAGUAAACACAUUUCAAAAUUCCAGGAAUUUUGCGCCCCCGAGUAAACGCACACCGAUUUGUUUUUUUUACAGCUUAACCCAAUUUCAAUGUGACAGACCCCGACACGACAUGAACAAAUUUACCAUGCGUGUACUUGGUGCUCUUGCGUGUUGUGAACUCCAGAUGACCCCAGCACACCACAUACAGCAACAUCGCCAGUCUCCUCUGUCAUAGUACCAAGACUGACCUGUGAGAGUCAGACGUGCCUUCCACGGUAGUAGAAGGAAACAAAUUGAAAAAGCUGGGUUAAAUGUUCUCAUUUGGGAACUACUUUGCGAUUGCAAAUUCUUCUCUUUUUCAUUUUUAUUCUGAUGAAUGCCUCGUAAAACACGUUAUACAAACACUAAGCACAACAAAUUCCUCCUCGGUUUGUGUCCGCCAACAGCUAAUUGGCUAUCGUUCUGUUGGAUGUCACAAGCGGUGCCAGUGGCUUAAUGAUUUGUGAUUUUUAAAUAUUUAACCGGUUUAACAUUUCCCAUUGUCGGUUGUCCUGAGCUGUUCCAAGCGAUCGGGAGGAAAGAUCACUCUUAACGCACGCCCCACUCCAGGGUCAUCACUCAGGAUAAUCUUUCAGAGACAUUUGAUUAUCAGGCCUUUGCUGACUGAUCGUAAGAGAGGUAAAAAGGCUCUAAUUUGGGCCAAUUGUCGGUAUGUGUGUACCCCGCUUUAUCUUAAGUCCAGCAAGAAAAGCUCAUUCCUAAAUUCCAAAUUGGAAACGUCGUUUACCAAAUUGGUAAGUUAAGUGGAUGUCUUCCAAAUUGGGCUCACUCUUCUUUGUACAGGCUGAGUAAGUCAUAAUUUUUUUGUUUUUUUAGUCUGCAUUCUGGGCCAAUGGAG